AGGAUAUCUCUGCUCUGCCCUCCACAGGGGGAGGCAGCGAUGCUUCUGAAUCCCAGUUGCUAGAAAAGCCACAGGCAGGGAGAGAGAUGCUCUUGGGCUCGGAUCCGUCUGGUGGGCUUCCCAGAAGAGGCCACUGUGAGAACAGAUGGGGGGGGGACUCACUGGAGCCCCCUUGGCUUGAUCCUGCAAGUCUCAUCUUCUGUUCUGAUGUUCCUCCAGAUGAAAGCGAAAUCUCCGUUGCUCUUCAGUUUGAAAGAAAGCUGCUGCUCCCCCAACCCCUUCAUCAGACAAGAGUGUUAUCCAGACUCUUGGAUGACACAUGUGUGCCUGUUCAGACAUGCAACCUCUCAGGUGUCCAGACACCUCACUCCGAGGGGGUGGCUCCUAGCAACUCUCAGCACCCUUAACAAACUACAGUUCCUGGGAUUCUUUGGAGGAAGCCAGGACUCUUCAAAGUGGUCUGAUCCUGCUUUGCAGAUGCAGUGCAGAUGAGGGUGUGUUUGUGUGUGUGUAGCCUUUUUCUUUUCUUUUUGGAAGAACUUUUAAUUGAGUUUUAAAAACAAUAUUUGUAGAAGGAAUAAAGGUGGCAAAUAAAUAGGCCAAGUCUUCUCAUGUCAUUUGUAUAUCACAAAAAUAGCACAAUAGAUUUGCAGGGAUAUCUGCAACAUUAUUAGUGGUCAGUGUAUGAGCUGUAGGUUCGUGAAUUGGUUUAAACAGAAACAAAGGGGAAACAGAGUUAACAGAUAACAGUCAACAACAGCCAAACACCUAGUCAAGAGCCCUUGGGUUUGUGCUUAGGUUAAAUGUGAGUAAUAGUCAUUUUUCUUCUUAUGUUAUCAAAGAAACAAUAGAAAGAGGAGAUAUGGUAGACAUUGUCAAAUAUCUGAAGGGCUGUCACAUGGAAGAUGGAGCAAGCUUGUUUUCUGCUCCAGAGGGCAGGACCCGAAUGAAUGGCUUCAAGCUAAAAGAGAUUCCAAACUAAACACCAGGAAUAAUCUUCUGGUGGAAAGGGCUGUUUGUCAGUGGACUUGUCUCCCUUGGGAGGUGGUGGACUCUCCUUCUUGGAGGUUUCUAAGCAGAGGUUGCAUGGCCAUCUGUCAUGGAUGCUUUUGUUGAGGUUCCUGCAUUGCAGGGGGUUGGACUGGAUGACCCUCAGGGUCCCUCCCAACUCUACAAAUCUAUGAUAAAGUGUUAGUCUAUUGAUGAACGUGGGAGGGAGGUUCAAAGCAAAGGUAAUGAUUUAUGUUUCAAUUUAAAUUUAGAUCAACCAGAUUGAGCCAACUUCUCAAAACUCUGCAAAUUCCAACAAGCUUCAUGCCUGUUUCUUCAGCCUCCCCACGUAACUUGAGGCUAUUUUCCCACAUGCUUGAAGCUUUAUGCUUUGUACUGGAUGUUGUUUUGCCUAUUCUUCGUACUGCUGCUGCAUUUCUAUGACUUUUAUCUAGUAGGCUUUAUCUUUUUUUCCACGCUGGAGGCAUCAUUACUACUGAUGUUGUUUGUUAUUGUUAUUAUUAUUAUUACUAUUGUUACCACUGUUCCACUUAGUAGCCAGUGCAGCUUACAACCAUUCAAAAAUAUUUUUAAAAGUCAAAACAAAUAACAAUCACAGGAAUAGGCUGGGUCCUGAAAACGCACGUCUCCGUUGUGUUUUUCCCCAAGAGGCCUUGGGAAAGAGGGGACGGUGCCUCUAUAGGGAGGGAAUUCCCCAAGGGGGGAUCUGCCCCCAGGAUGCCCUCUCUUGGGCCACCCCCACCCAAAACUCUGAAGGGGGUGAAGCUACCAAGAGGGCCCCCCUCUGCCAAAUUUCACAGCCAAGAGGGUCUGUAGGAAAGAAGGUGGUUCUUCACAUAUUUGGGGGCCUAAGUGAAGUCCUCCUGCAAGCACUUUGAAUUGGACCUGGAAAUGAAUGGACCACCAAUGCAGCUGUUUUAAAACAGGAAUUAGAUGUGUUCUCAGGGGUUGUAAUGAGAGGGAUUCAAUGAGGAGGGGGAGACCCAUGGAUACUCCUUGGAGAAGAAAGUGGGAAAGAAAUGCCCUUCAUAAAGAAAGGGAACUCAGCCAACAAUCCAGCUUCUGCAAUUUGGACCAGAUUUUGAAUAGUCUUCAAGAGCAGUUCCACUUAGAGGGCAUUGCGAUGAUCCUAUCUGAUCCACAGCAGGAAUUACCUUGGCCAUGUCAUCUCUGCUCCAAGGAGACAGUGGCUUGCAAACUAGCCAGAGCUGGAAAGGGGCACUCAGUGACCAUUUUGGAUCCAGGAAUAUCCCCCCCCCCAAGCAUAUAGGGCUGCGUGUGGGUUAAGCUAUGCAACAUUAUCAUUAUUAUUAGUAUUAUUAUUAACCUGCUGUUUACCCCAAGUACCCUGGGCAGACAACCACGUUAAAGCACAAUACUAAAAAGAGUUUAAAACAACUUACGAGCACAGAAAGGAGAACUCUUCUUUACUUGCUUUCUAGCACUGUCCUUUGGCCUCACCUACUUGGCCCUCAUGGGGUGGGUUGGAUAAGGAGAAAGAAAAAGGGACGCCCCCAAAGUGAGAACUUUGCAGGUUCCAAGUGCUAGAAAAUGAGUCAAAAUAGGAAAGAAAUGGGCCCUGAAGUGGGGGAGGGAGCAACCGUGGAGAGCUCCAGGGUUAGGAAACUCACAUUUUAAGACGGCUGGAGUCUUUUCUUCCUUUUUGUGUUGAAGAAAUCUCAGGAUCUGAUGUGGUGGAGUCCAGGCUUGGUUCCUAGCAGGACGCAUCCACGCUUGCUCAGAGAACAUUUCCCCCUCCUGACAGUGUAUUUGCUUUGUAGGAUUUGCAGAGCCAGCGUUCUGGCAGUUCUGCUACCAGGAGGCCAAAGGACCCUGAGAAGUUUGCAGCCGACUCCACCACCUUGACUGUCGGUGGCUGAAGUCAGAAAGGCACACAAAAGCCCAGACCCUGGACCUGGUGGUCUUGGAGUAGUUCCUGGCUGUCCUUCCACCCGAGAUGGAGAGCUGGAUGAGGGAGUGUGGAGUGGAGACCAGUUCCCAGGCGGUGGCCCUGGCCGAAGGAUUCCUCCUGAGUCAGGCAGAGGAGAGGAAGCAGGCAGAGCAGCAGGGAAAGGAUCCAUUUGCAGAAAUGGGCCCCGAUUCCUCUGAGGCAGAGAGACCUGCAAUGGACACCAGAGAGAGGCCACAGGAUGGCGGAGUGAUUCUGGCAAGACGGCCUCAUCCAUCUUUUCUUGCUGGUGGAGGAGAAGUAGCGGCUGUGGAACCAGAUGAGGGUUCAGUUUGCUUUGAAGAUGUAGCUGUUCGUUUCACAGAUGAGGAGUGGGCGUUGCUGGAUCCUGACCAGCGAGCUCUGCAUAAGGAAGUCAUGGAAGAGAAUUGUGGGAUCUUGGCCUCUCUAAGUGACGAUAAAUGGGAAGUUGAGAACCAGGGAGAAUAUGACAAAAUACACAUGGUGGAUAAACCAUAUAACUAUUUGGAGUGUGAAGAAAUCUUCAGUUACAGCUCCCAUACUUCUCAUCAAAGAAAUCCCAUUGAGAAGAAACUCUAUCCAUGUCUGGAAUGUGGAAAGAGCUUCGGUAAAAGGGCCCACCUCACAGCCCAUCAAAGAACGCACACUGGAGAGAAACCUUAUCAGUGCUUGAAAUGUGGAAGGAGCUUCAGUCGGAACUACCAUCUCACAGCCCAUCAAAGAACCCACAGUGGGGAGAAACCAUAUCAAUGCACAGAAUGUGGAAAGAGCUUCGCUCAGAAGUUAAGUCUUACAACCCAUCAAAGAAUUCAUACUGGGGAGAAGCCAUAUAAGUGCUUGGAAUGUGGAAAGAGCUACAUUCAGAAGUUCAGUCUCACUUCCCAUCAAAGAACUCAUACUGGGGAGAAUCCAUAUCAAUGCCUUGAAUGUGGGAAGAGCUUUCAUACAAGCACAAAUUUCCGUCGACAUCAGAGUAUUCACCGUGGGGAGAAACCAUAUCAAUGCCUGGAAUGUGGCAAAAGCUUUAUUCGGAACUCUCAUCUCACUAUCCAUCAAAGAAUUCACAGCGGUGAGGAACCAUAUCAGUGUUUGGAAUGUGGAAAGAGCUUCACCUGGAAGGAAAGUCUCACAUCACAUCAAAGAAUUCAUACAGGGGAGAAUCCAUAUCAGUGUUUGGAAUGUGGAAAGAGCUUCUGUAAGAAGGCCAAUCUUACAGUCCAUCAAAGAAUUCAUACAGGUGAGAAACCCUAUCAGUGCUUGGAAUGUGGAAAGGGCUUCACCCAGAAGGAAAGUUUUAAUUUCCAUCAAAGAAUUCAUACAGGGGAAAAACCCUAUCAGUGCUUGGAAUGUGGAAAGAGCUUUGGUACAAGCACUUACUUUGUUCAACAUCAAAGUAUUCACUGUGGUGAUAAACGGUAUCAGUGUUUGGAAUGUGGAAAGAGAUUUACUUGGAAGGAAAGUCUCACUUCCCAUCAAAGAAUUCAUACAGGGGAGAAACCUUAUCAGUGUCUGGUAUGUGGAAAGAGCUUCAGCAAGAAGGCCAAUCUUACUUCCCAUCAAAGAAUUCAUACAGGGGACAAACCUUAUCAGUGCUUAGCAUGUGGAAAGAGCUUUAAUCAGAGAACCCAUCUGACAGCCCAUCAAAGAAUUCAUACAGGGGAGACACCCUAUCAGUGCUUGGAAUGUGGAAAGAGCUUCAGUCGGAAGGAAAGUCUCACUUCGCAUGAAAGAUUUCACAGAGGGGAGGAACCAUUUAAAUGUUUGCAAUGUGGAAAAAGCUUCAGCCGGAACUCUCAUCUAACUUCACAUGAAAGAAUUCACAGCGGAGAAAAACCUUUUCAGUGCUUGCAAUGUGGAAAGAGCUUCGGUCGGAAAGAAAGUCUCACUUCCCAUCAAAGAAUUCAUACAGGGGAAAAACCAUAUCAGUGCAUGGAAUGUGGAAAGAGCUUUAGUCAGAGGUCCCAUCUCACAGCCCAUCAAAGAACGCACAACAGAGAGAAUCAUGGAAUCAUAUUAUUGGAUGACGAGGAACCCUCAGUGCAGAAGAUCCUGGUUGAGGAGGACACCUUCAGCUCAGAUGCGCAGAGACAAAAGUUCAGGCAGUUCUGCUACCAGGAGGCCGAAGGACCCUCAGAGGUUUGCAGCCGACUCCACCACCUUUGCCAUCAGUGGCUGAAGCCAGAAAGGCACACGAAAGCUGAGAUGCUGGACCUGGUGAUCUUGGAGCAGUUCCUGGCUGUCCUUCCACCGGAGAUGGAGAGCUGGGUGAGGGAAUGUGGAGCGGAGACCAGUUCCCAGGCAGUGGCUCUCGCUGAAGGUUUCCUCCUGCGACAGGGAAUGGAGAGGAAGCAGGCGGAGAAGCAGGGAAAGAUUAUCUUUGCAGAAAUGGGCCCUGAUUCCCCUGAAGCAGAGAAGACUCCCUUGGACACCAGAGAGAGGCCACCAGGGGACAGAACGUUGCUGGCAAAAGCUCCUCCUCUGUCUUUCCAUGGUGGCGAAGGGGAAGAAGUGGCUGUGGAACCAGAUCAGGGUCCUGUGUGCUUUGAAGACGUAGCUGUUUGUUUCAUAGACGAGGAGGGGGUGUUGCUGGAUCCUGACCAGAGAGCUCUGCAUAAGGAAGUCAUGGGAGAGAAUCGUGGGAGAAUGGACUCUCUCGGUGGUGACGAUUUGGAAAUUAAGAACGAGGGAGACCACGACAUCAUCCACACAGUGGAGAAGUCAUACAAAAAUUCAGAGUGUGGAGAGAACUGCAGUCAGAGCUCCCAUGCCACUUCCGAUCAAGGAAAUAUCACUGGGAAGAAACCUUAUCAGUGCCUGGAAUGUGGAAAGAUCCUCAGUCGGAAGGAAAUUCUCACUUCCCAUCAAAGAAUCCAUACAGGGGAGAAGCCAUAUAAGUGCUUGGAAUGUGGAAAGAGCUUCAGCCACAGAGCCAAUCUCACAGCCCAUCGAAGGAUUCAUAUAGGGGAGAAACUAUAUUUGUGCUUGGAAUGUGGAAUGAGCUUCAAACGGAAGGAGAGUCUCACUUCACAUCAAAGAAUUCAUACAGGGGAGAAACCCUAUCAGUGCUUGGAAUGCGGAAAGAGCUUCACUCGGAGGGAUAGUCUCACUUCACAUCAAAGAGUUCACACAGGAGCAAAACCGUAUCCGUGCUUGGAAUGUGGAAAGAGCUUUAGUCGGAAAGAUAGCCUGACUUCCCAUCAAAGAAUUCAUACGGGGGAGAAACCCUAUCAGUGCUUGGAAUGCGGAAAGAGCUUCGCUCAGAGUACCCAUCUCAUUUCCCAUCGUAGAACUCACAGUGGGAUGAAACCCUAUCAGUGCUCAGAAUGUGGAAAGAGCUUCAGUCAGAGCGCCCAUCUCACUUCCCAUCAGAUAACUCACAGCGGAAAGAAGCCCUAUCAGUGCGUGGAAUGUGGAAAGAGCUUUGGUUGGAAAGAAAGCCUCACUUCCCAUCAAAAAAUUCAUGCACGGAAGAAGCCGUAUCGGUGCUUGGAAUGUGGAAAGAGCUUCACCCAGAAGCAAAGUCUCACAGCCCAUCAAAAAACUCAUACAGGGGAGAAACCCUAUCAGUGCUUAGAGUGUGGAAAGAGCUUCAGUCAGAGCGCCCACCUCACUUUGCAUCAAAGAAUUCAUACGGGGACAAAACUCUAUGUUUGCUCUGAAUGUGGAAAGAGCUUCAGUGAGAGCGCCCAUCUCGCGUCCCAUCAAAGAACUCACCGGCCAAAAUUACAGAAUCGGAGAAUGGUAAAGUUGGAAGUCACCACAAUGGUCAUCUAGUUCCACCUCCUGCAAUGCAGGAAUCUCCACUAAAACAUUCCAUGACAGAAAGACACCCAACGUCUCCUGAAAAACCUCCAGUGAUGGAGAGUCCCCUACUUUCCACGGUUGUCUGUUCUACUUUCCAACGGCUCUUUCUUGGAACUGUAUCAGGAAAAAGACAAGAUUAAUUUAGCAUGACUAGUUUUUGAGAAGCUCAAUGCUGUGUCUUAAUAAUCGCAGCAUUCUUGUUAAUUCCUCACAAGCCAACCAUGUAAUUAUCUGUUCUAGAACCUUUCCUGGUAUCCAUGCCAAGCUGACCAGACAGUAGUUACCUGGGUCUUCUCCCCACACCCUUUUGUAGAUGAGGACAAUAUUUGCCCUUCUGUAGCUUGAAGGGACCUCAUUUGUUCUCCAGGAAUUCUCAAAGAUUAUAGACAUCCUGUCUGAGAUUACAUAAGCAAGUUCCUUUAGUUCCCAUUGGUGCAGCUCAUCAGGCCCUGGAGAUUUGAAUUUAUUUAAAGUAGCUAGAUGUUCCUCUACCACCUCUUUUCCUAUCCUGGGCUGCAGUUCCCUCCAUACAUCGUUUAUUCUGUUAUCACCAGGCUGGGCAUCGCUUCAAACUACCUGUACAAGAUUCAAACUACAAGAAAGAAGAUUCCACCUAAACAUUAGGAAGAACUUCCUGACAGUAAGAGCUGUUUGACAGUGGAAUUUUCUGCCAAGAAGUGUGGUGGAGUCUCCUUCUUUGGAGGUCUUUAAGCAGAGGCUUGACAGACAUAUGUCAAGAAUGCUUUGAUGGUGUUUCUUGCUUGGCAGGGGGUUGGACUGGAUGGCCCUUGUGGUCUCUUCCAACUCUAUGAUACUAUUAUUCGUUUUGGGUGAAGACAGAGGCAGAGUGGCUGUUCUGUCUUCUAUCACUUAAUAGCAUUUAUGCGUCUUCUCCAUGAAGAGGACCUGCUACUUGCUUGUUCUUCCUCGUGCUUCAAAGAUAGCCGAAGAAACCCUUUAAGAUCAGUUUUAACCUCUCUUCUAAGCCUGAGCUCAUUUUGAGAUUUGGCCUGCCUGACCUUCUCCCUGCAACCGUUGGCUCCUGCACUAUAUUCUUCCUUCUUCGUGAGUUGCCCUUUCUUCCAUUUGUUAUCCAUCCCAUAUCAGAGAAACCAUUUCAGUGUGUGGAGUGUGGAAAGGGCUUCAGGCAGAGGGCCUGCUAUCUCGUGGCCCAUGAAAAGACUUUAAUGACUCUGUGGGUGAGCAUUGCAACAGUGCCCUUGUCCUGUGGCAACCUAGCAAAGAAGUUGACUUUUCUCUCAGAACUAUAGAGUACACAACCGGUGUCCAGUCUUUCUUCAGACUACAUACUCAGGUCUUGGAGGUGCAAGUCGUGGGUUCAUGGUAUUGAAUACCUUCUCCGUAUCCAUCACCUCUGGAAAGAGGGUAAAGAGCAGUAUGGCAACACUGCUGAGGUAGCCCUCAAUGAUGGGCUCUUAAAAGAAGUUGGCAAGCAAUUCAUGUCCUUCAGGAACCUCCAAGUUGCAAAUUUGUGGUGCUCCUGACCGCGACUGUUCUCCUUGGCAUGUCCAAGAUGGUGGUGGUGCCCCCGUUGAAGCUGUUUCUGGUAUCUGCUGAGCACUCCCAGGACAUCUGCCAGAAAAGCCAGAAGUUUCAGGCUUCCCUCUGUGAGAAGCUUAAGUUAAGGAUUCCCUUGCUGCUGUCCUCCUUUGAUAAGGGGUGAUAUGAUAGCCAUGUUCAAAUAUAUGAAGGGAUGUCAUAUAGAGGAGGGUGAAAGGUUGUUUUCUGCUGCUCCAGAGAAGCGGACAUGGAGCAAUGGAUUCAAACUACAAGAAAGAAGAUUCCACCUAAACAUUAGGAAGAACUUCCUGACAGUAAGAGCUGUUCGGCAGUGGAAUUUGCUACCAAGGAGUGUGGUGGAGUCUCCUUCUUUGGAGGUCUUUAAGCAGAGGCUUGACAGGCAUAUGUCAAGAAUGCUUUGAUGGUGUUUCCUGCUUGGCAGGGGGUUGGACUGGAUGGCCCUUGUGGUCUCUUCCAACUCUACGAUUCUAUGAUUCUAUGAUUAUUCAGAGUACAUUCUGAGCGGAUGCCAGGAUUGUAUCCCCGAGGAAGAAAGAGUUACUUGCUCCUUUUCUCAAGGUUUGGAAACUGCUCUGCCCAGUGUAUAACUUUUCUCUAUCUAUGUGUAUCCUCUCUACCAACCUACCUGUCUACCUGUGGUUCUUUCCCCUCAGCUAUUAUUGAGUGCUAAUGUCUUUAUUGCAACAUUAAAAUAUAUUGCAAAAUA